AUGCUGGUGAGUGCACAAGCAUCAAAUGAGGCUCACUUACAUGGGGCUAACAUUGUUGAGGACCUAGAUGAAAGUGGUCGAGACGACAGCAGUUAUGUUCAAGACGACAGCAGUCAUGUUCAAGAGGAAAUCAGUGAGAAGUCGAAGACUCAAAAGCGUGGCAAGAUCUCACUAAAAGAUGCCAUCAACAAUGCCCGAGAUUUGAUCGCAAUGCCAGGAAUUAGAAGCCAGGAACCACGUGUCGAAGACAAGAAAGAAAAGUUAUCUGCCGCGGCGAAGUCGACCAACUUAAAGUUUUCAUUGGUAGGACGUGUCAAUGGCUGGGUAUCUGACGUUACACCAGAUGAGAGGUCCAAAGCUUCAAGUGCUUCCAAGUCUCGCACCGCUGCCUCCCCUUUCUCAUUGGCACAUGGGCCACCCAGCACCCAGGUUACAUCUGUAUCAGGUGUAAAUACCAAGUCCAGUCGCCAACCUAAAGUCUCUUCCAAUCUUGCUACUGAGGUUCUUGUUGGCGGCUUUGCCGAUGACACUUUGGAUGAUUCCCAGGAACGCCUUGAAACAAUCGCCUCGAAAACAAAGGAGAAGAAGUCUUUCAUUAAGAUCAUUACCAACACGAGGGCCGAUGAUGCGACAAUGGGCUCGAAGGGACAGUCUGAUCUCAAUGUGCCAAUGGACGUGGAGGCCUCCACGCCAUCAGACAUAGAGGCAGACUUUGAGGAUGACGGCCCAACAGACUUCGAGGACAAUGAUCCGAUGGACGCAGAGGAUGACGUGGAGAAUGACGUGGAGGUUCUGGAGGACGACUUCAACCCGAACGAAGACGCGAAGAUGUCUGAGGACAGUGACAGUGGCAGUGAUUUAUCAUCCCACCGUCCGAAUAACAAGAAGCGCAAGGUCUUGUUUCACUUAUUGUCCUCAGAUGAGGAACUUGAGGCUCCGCUUACAGCUGCUGUUGGAGCGGUCGCGAAGAAGGCCAUGCGGGUAACAUCUUCAACUUCAGUUGCUGUCUCUGAGGCAGCUGCUACAGCAAAGCCACCUGCGAAGAAGGUGAAGAUUGAAGAAGGUGCUGAUGACGAUACGAAACCCGUGCUUGUUCCAUUGCCCGGUCACUGGAUCGAGAAGCGAUAUAAGUCACGCUCAACCUACCGGAACAGUGAUCUCCCUCCGCAAUGUCAGGAUCAACGGUGGCCCAAACAUUUUCUCUCGACCCUUUACCUGUGGGCCGGCAGCCAAAAUAAUCUCUGGCAGUUUGCAGAUACCUCUCUUGUUGAAGCGCUUCAAUGCAUUUUUGAUGUCGUGUAUCCAGAUCUCCAGUACAAGGUGACUGCUCAGAGAUCUGUCUUUGGUGUUGCUACUCAGCAUCUGGCAGAGUGGCGCAGCAACUUCAGUUCAACAGGACUUGCAAUUAUGAUCGACUUCUUCACUCGGAACGAAGACACUAAUCCAAAAGACCUUAGUGAAGCGCUUAUGGAGGAGUUCGUGUUCCUCUUCGAGGACUUGGACUACUCAGACAAGAUGAAAGCAUUCCGGUCUCCUUUCAUGAUACAGUUAUUUGCAACCGCUCAUCUUCACAGUAUUGUUGGACAUGCUCAUGUCACCGCCAUCAAAACAGAUGUAUUGGCUGCCAGUGGCAUGGCUGGUGUUCUUGCUCUCUGUGCAACUUCACUCGAACGUGCUGUCAAAUGCCUCGGCGCUGGUGCCAUUGAUAUUGAUGUGGACAUCCUCGAUAUGCGUCCUGCACAACUGAAGCGCAAGCUGCGCACACCGAAGACCCUCAACAAGUGGACCGGCAACUACAGCACCACCGAGCACGCAUUUUCCAUCAACAACUGGGGGUCAGUAACCGAAGCUUACUUGUCUAGCGUAAAGAAAAAGGGGGACAUUUUUUUGAGGGACAUGGUUUCAACAGCGUGGAAGUUACUCAAGAAAUCGGGCAGUGCUGGCCUUGAGAAGUACCUUUGCCUCAACGAUGACGACGAAUCAGAGGACAUCGACAGGCGUGCCAUGCUUUGGUAA